CCUCUCUCACUCCGUCGUGUCACUUUUUUGUGUAACAAAGCUAUUUGCUGCAGUGAACUUUUGCUAAAAUUUCAGGAUAAUACGCAAUUGUUUGGGUAUUUUUUAGUUGAAAAAUGAACAUUAGUGUAAAAGGUGUCAAGUGAAAGUAAAGGUUUUUUUUAAAUAGAGUGGAUUUAGCGGUAAUAAAACGAUUGAAAUAUUUUCUCUCGGCAGCCAUUUUCUUCUGAAGCUCUUGCUAUGCUUUCUACCAGCAUAUGCAGGGGUUGACUGUCUAUCAAAAUAACCAGAGAACGAAAAAAAAUUGUGCAACCUCGUGAAAAGUUUUAGUGGCAAUAGUAAGAUGGCGAGUCCUUCGCCGGUAAAUAGUCCGAUGCCUCCUCCGCAGGCACCGAGCCCAAUGGGACCACCGUCACAGAGUCCGGCCCCUUCCCCGUCGCCGCAUAGCCCCUAUCAGCCUCCACCGGGACCGCCACAAGGUCCACCUCAUAUGGGCCAAGGUCCACAACAUUCGCACGGACCUCCAGGACCACCGCAAGGUGGACAAGGAGGUCAUAUGCCAAUGCAAGGCCCACCCCCGCAACAUGGGCCGCAACCUCCUAACCAUCAUGGACCGCCUCCACAACAUGGUCCUCCCCAUAUGAACGGACCUCCGCCACCACAAGGUCCAGGAGGUCCCCAAGGGCCACCCCCGCCGCACCAUAUGCAAGGACCUGGUGGACCAGGAGUACCACCAGGACCCCCGCCUCAGCACAUGCAGCAGCAUCCACCCGGCCCUCCACAUCCGCAAAUGGGACAACAUUCGGGUCCACCACCUUCACAGCCCCAUCCAGGGAUGCCACCACAUCAGGGCCCUCCAAUGCCUCCAGGAAUGGUACCCGGAGGAUACCCACCCCAUUCAAUGCAACCCAAUUCGGGUCCUCCACCUCCCGUCUCGAUGCAACCGGGUGGUCCCGGUCCAAACAUGUCCGGUCCAGGUCCCAGCAUGCCCGGUGGUCCCGGAGGUCCAAAUAUGAUGCCCGGCGGUCCACCGCCUCCACCAGGACAAGAGAAUCUCAAUGCACUUCAGCGAGCCAUCGAUUCCAUGGAGGAGAAAGGUCUUCAGGAAGAUCCUCGCUAUUCACAGUUGUUGGCGCUACGUGCCACCUCCAAGCAGCAAAAUUUGAAUGCGAACCAGUUGCAUCAGCUGCGUGGACAGAUUAUGGCCUAUCGGUUGCUGGCUCGCCAUCAACCGAUUAGUAAGCAGCUAGCUUCUCAGAUACAGGCUCAGCGUUCCGAUGGAACACCGCCACAAUGUCCAACACCCCCGUCAAGCCCCUUCCCUGGACAACAAGGUCCCUCUCCUCAGCCAGGAAUGCAACAGCAGCAGCAGCCACCACCACAAGGUCCUCCACAGGGACCUCCACAAGGUCCUCCCGGUAUUCCGCCAGGUAAAUCAGGCCCUCCCGAGCCAGGUAAACAGCCAGCUGGAGGGAUGCCUCCGAAUCAGAGCCCUAUGCCUGGCAUGACCAUGGGUGGGCAGCAACCAUCUCAUCAACAGCAAAUGAGUGGUCCAGCAGGAUCGGGUCAGCCUCAAAGACCUAGCUCCCAAGGACCUGCUGGAGCGGGACCACGUCCUGCAGCACAGGCUCCUGCAGUUCAGCCAAUUCAGAAACAAAAUCGAGUCACAACCGUGGCCAAACCAGUUGGUUUGGAUCCGAUAACUAUCCUACAGGAGAGAGAAAAUCGAAUGUCAGCUAGAAUCGCCCUACGAAUGGAGGAACUGAAUAACCUUCCUGCUAUGAUGCCGGAGGACAUGAGGAUUCAAGCUCAAAUUGAGCUGAGAGCAUUACGAGUGCUAAACUUCCAGCGUCAGCUGAGAUCGGAAAUUGUCCAAUGCACCAGACGGGACACAACACUUGAGACGGCCGUUAAUGUUAAGGCUUACAAACGUACCAAACGCCAGGGAUUACGUGAAGCACGAGCUACCGAAAAACUGGAGAAACAACAAAAGUUGGAGGCAGAGCGUAAGCGUCGUCAGAAACACCAGGAGUUCUUGGCUCUGGUUCUUCAGCACGGAAAAGACUUUAAGGAGUAUCAUCGCAAUAAUGUAGCCAAACUGGGUCGGUUGAACAAGUCUAUAAUGAACUACCAUGCCAAUGCAGAACGCGAGCAGAAGAAGGAACAGGAGCGUAUCGAGAAGGAACGUAUGCGUCGCCUGAUGGCCGAGGACGAAGAGGGUUACCGAAAACUUAUCGAUCAGAAGAAAGACAAACGUUUAGCGUUCCUGCUCUCCCAAACGGACGAAUAUAUUGGCAAUCUGACGGAGAUGGUCAAACAGCACAAGGUCGAUCAGAAGAAGAAGAAGGACGACGAAGAGGAUCGCAAACGCAGAAAGAAGCGAAUGGUGCUGGAGAGCGGAGACAUUCAGAUGCUCGAUACGGACUGCGAGGCGCACGACUGUCGCGUUACGGUAAUGGAGACGGCUACCGGAAAGAUGAUUACCGGAGACGAUGCUCCUUAUUUGAGAGAUUUGUACGGAUGGUUGCAGGGGCAUCCCGGCUGGGAGUAUGUCAUCUCCGACGGGGAGGACGAUGAGGAUGACGAUGAUUCAGACGAUAGGAAAGGGGAUGACUUUUCCGACGAUGCUAAGACCAAGGAGGUUAUCCAAAAGGCGAAGGUUGAGGACGAUGAGUACAAGACGGAGGAGCAGACCUACUACAGCAUUGCGCAUACCGUUCACGAGAAGGUCACCGAACAAGCGUCGAUUCUGGUUAAUGGAAAAUUAAAGGAGUACCAGGUCAAGGGUCUAGAGUGGUUGGUGUCGCUGUUUAAUAAUAAUUUGAACGGAAUUUUGGCCGACGAGAUGGGUCUAGGAAAAACCAUCCAAACCAUCGCCCUUGUGACUUAUCUGAUGGAGAAAAAGAAGAACAACGGUCCGUAUCUAAUUAUCGUUCCGCUGUCAACCCUAUCCAACUGGGUGCUAGAGUUUGAAAAAUGGGCCCCAGCAGUGGGUGUGGUCGCCUACAAAGGAUCCCCCGCAGGUCGACGUGCCGUACAGAAUCAGAUGAAGGCAACCAAGUUCAAUGUGCUACUCACCACGUACGAGUACGUGAUCAAGGAUAAAGCCGUGCUUGCUAAGAUCUCCUGGAAAUACAUGAUCAUCGACGAGGGCCAUCGUAUGAAGAACCACCACUGUAAACUGACGCAGGUGCUGAACACACAUUACACCGCACCGCACCGGUUGCUGUUGACGGGAACGCCACUCCAGAAUAAACUGCCCGAGUUGUGGGCCUUGCUAAACUUUUUACUUCCGUCGAUUUUCAAAUCGUGCUCCACUUUCGAGCAAUGGUUCAAUGCACCGUUUGCUACCACUGGUGAAAAGGUCGAGCUGAACGAGGAAGAAACGAUCCUUAUUAUUCGUCGUCUGCAUAAGGUGCUGCGUCCGUUUUUGUUGCGCCGUUUGAAGAAGGAAGUCGAAUCGCAGCUGCCGGAUAAGGUUGAGUACAUUGUCAAGUGCGACAUGUCCGGACUGCAGCGAGUGCUUUACAAGCACAUGCAAAGCAAGGGCGUACUCCUUACCGAUGGCUCGGAGAAGGGUAAACAGGGCAAGGGAGGCGCAAAGGCACUGAUGAACACGAUCGUUCAGUUGCGCAAACUGUGCAACCAUCCGUUCAUGUUCCAGCAUAUCGAGGAGAAAUAUUGCGAUCACAUUGGAAUGCAGGGAACCGUCACGGGACCUGAUUUGUACCGAACAUCUGGAAAGUUUGAACUACUUGAUAGGAUUUUGCCAAAGCUAAAUGCUACAGGACAUCGUGUUCUGCUCUUUUGUCAGAUGACACAGUGCAUGACCAUUAUUGAAGAUUAUCUGGGAUGGCGCGGAUUUGGGUACCUACGAUUGGAUGGUACCACCAAGGCUGAGGAGCGUGGAGAUUUGCUGAAGAAAUUCAAUUGCAAAAAUUCGGAUUAUUUUAUUUUCCUUCUGUCAACCCGUGCCGGUGGUUUGGGUUUGAACUUGCAAACGGCCGACACUGUCGUCAUCUUUGAUUCGGAUUGGAAUCCUCAUCAGGAUUUGCAAGCCCAGGAUCGUGCCCAUCGAAUUGGCCAGCGGAAUGAGGUGCGUGUGUUGCGAUUAAUGACCGUUAAUUCGGUGGAGGAACGUAUUCUGGCAGCCGCCCGAUACAAACUUAACAUGGAUGAAAAGGUCAUUCAGGCGGGUAUGUUCGAUCAAAAAUCCACCGGUAGCGAGCGGCAACAGUUCUUGCAAACUAUUUUGCAUCAGGACGAAAUGGAUGAGGAGGAAGAGAACGAAGUGCCGGAUGAUGAAAUGAUAAAUUUGAUGAUUUCUCGUCACGAUGAAGAGUUGGAACUAUUUAAGAAAAUGGAUGCCGAGCGGAAGGCUGCGGAGGUUAAGCCUCGGCUGCUUGAUGAAUCGGAACUACCGGAUUGGUUGGUUAAGGAAGACGAAGAAGUUGACCGUUGGGAUUACGAAGAGGACAAUUCGAUUUUGGGCCGUGGCUCUAGACAGCGAAAGGAAGUUGACUACACGGAUAGUUUAACCGAGAAAGAAUGGCUGAAGGCAAUUGACGAUGGAGCAGACUUUGACGAGGAACUCGAAGAAGAGGAGCGCGAGAAAAAACGCAAAGGUCGGAAGCGAAAGAGCAAACGGGAUGAAUCGGAUGAAGAAAGUGUCCUUUCUACGGUAACCAAACGCAGGAAGGGAACCACUCAUCCGAAGGUUAAGAAGCAAAUGGAGAAAGUGAUCGAUGCUGUUAUUAAAUACACGGAUGCAGAAGGUCGUGUACUGAGUCAGCCAUUCCUAAGGCUGCCUUCCAAGAGAGAUCUGCCAGACUACUACGAAGUCAUCAAGCGUCCUAUCGACAUCAACAAAAUCCUCACCCGAAUCAAAGAAGCCAAAUACGCCGAUUUUAACGAUCUGCAAAAGGACUUUUUCCAGCUGUGCCAGAAUGCGCAGAUCUACAACGAGGAAGCAUCCCUCAUCUACGAGGACAGUUUGGAGCUACAAUCGGUGUUCACCAACGCGAAACAGAAGGUGAUCGAGGCUGCUGAUGAAGAUGACUCCGAUGACGAAGGUAAGCCCCUUCAGUCUGCUAACUAUGGAAGUCGCUUUAAUCUAACGUCGAUUUCAGACGACGAUGACAACUCGGAUGAGGAGUCGGGUAGCGUCAAGAUGAAAUUGAAAAUCUCCAAAGCAGGCACGUCGUCAUCAUCCUCAAUGUCGGCCUCUCGAUCGAAGGCGACGCCGGUGCGCAGGAAGCGAUCGCAGAAAAAGUACACCAUCUCCGACGACGAUGAUGACGACAUGGAUUAAGCAUGCAAAUCAAGUAUAGCACGUAAGCUUUUAACUAUCUAACCGCACUUGUUUAAUUUCUAAUCGUUAGAAUAUGUGUAAAAGAUGUGACAACUGGUUUCGUAAAUAAUUUAGGAAAACUUUGAGGAGUUCAUUGUGUUUCACUACUACUUUGAAGGUGGUUUACUUUGGUGGUUAAACAAAACCAACACGGGAAAUUUAAGCUAAACGCACUUAUGCAGUUGGUGUAUUCUGAUUGCCUCUAGUGACUAUAUAAGUUCGUUGGCAAAGAGUUAUAGACGAUUUCUGGAACAUCUAAUUUAUAUUUUAUUUUUGAAUUUACUUUAAAACUGCAAUUUGAAUAUUUAGGUAGAAUAUGCGACUACCGCUUAUGAGCAGAUUAUUGUAUCGCUAAAAUCCAAUAUAAUUUAUAUAACACGUAUAAUAACCAUAAGUGGUGUGGAUACUAUAUGAUCGCAUAAUAAUAUAUUCAAAAAUCCUUAUUAUGUAUUACUACUAGUGAUAUUAAAUCAACAUGCAAAACAUAGUGUUUAGAGCAUUCUAUACUACAUCAGUACUAAAUAAAUGCUAGUAGAAUA